GAGGAUAGCUGAUAUAGAAACGAACGGGGAACGAUGUAUGUUGAUUAGUUAAAGAGGAUUGAAAGUUAAAAAGAAGGAUGACGACUUCUAUCCUUUCGUUGUUUAUUCAAUCCGGAUUACUUUUCACGGCAGUGACUGGUGCUCUUCAUGUCGUACAUGUCUGUGAAGGUGAAAAAAUGACUAUCAGCUGUGUUGGAGGGAUUAACGUAACAAGUGCGAUAUACGGACGAACUGACAAUGUUACAUGUUCUGAUCCGAGGAUAAAGACACUGGACUGCAGAUUAGAUGUGUAUGGAGAAGUCUCAUCGUGUAAUGGGGAAACAACAUGUUUAUUGUCUGCUUCCAAUGGUAACCGUGAUCCUUGUCCGGGCACUUACAAAUACCUGGAGGUUAGCUACACCUGUCCGUCAGAAGAAUCAACAACACCGGAUUUAACAACCUCCACCACAACCAUGACGACCAGGACGACAACAACGCCCCCUACUUCCACUGAACUACUAACAUCUUCAGAAACCAGAAUGGUGACAACAAACGUGGUAACAUCACAGACUAACGCCAGUUGUUCUUGUCGUUGUCGGUAUUCAAAUAACACAACAUGUGCCAAGGAAGAUCUGUUGUGUAGGAUUACCAUGUUAAAACAGCAACUGUUGAUCAAUAAAUUCGCUCUUUCGUCACACAAACGAACAAAAAUUAGUGUUUAUGAUGGGCGGACGUCAUCUACCGUCAUCGGGGUGACAGGUGUGGCAGUUAUUGUGACAGUUUUAUCAUUGAUAGUUAUACCUGAUUUCUUAACAUUGCUUAAAUUCAUGAAGCGUAGAGCGUGUACAUUUAAAAAGAAAAGAAAACGUUGUCCUGUCUAAAACCUUUACGUAAAGAUAUGCUCAAAUACAGUUUCAGUAAAAUCUUUAGCAUAAGUUAACAGCUAGGUCUUUCGAUAACAAAGGCUAUAGAUCCUUAUCUAAUAUCUGGUAUAUUAAUAUGAGGGAUACCAAAGAUUACUCCGGAAUUAUCUUAGGUUUCAGGUACUAAACAGGCACUGAAUCAUGCUCUACUGUAUCUGACUCUAUGUUCCUAGCUCUACUGUAUCUGACUCUUGGUUCCUAAUUAGCUCUACUGUAUCUGACUCUACGUUCUUAGCUCUACUAUAUCUAAAUCUAUGUUCUUGACUCUAUAGUAUAUGACUCUAUGAUCUUGGCUCUACGUUCUUGGCUUACUGUAUCUAACUCUACGUUCUUGGGUCUACUGUAUCUGACUCUACGUUCUUGGCUCUACUGUAUCUGACUCUACGUUCUUGGCUCUACUGUAUCUAACUCUACGUUCUUGGCUCUACUGUAUCUGACUCUACGUUCUUGGCUCUGCUGUAUCUAAAUCUAUGUUCUUGACUCUACAGUAUCUAACUCUAUGAUCUUGGCUCUACGUUCUUGGGUCUACUGUAUCUAACUCUACGUUGUUAGCUCUACUAUAUAUAUAAGUCUAGGUUCUUGACUCUAUAGUAUCUAACUCUGGGAUCUUGGCUCUACGUUCUUAGCUCUUCUGUAUCUGACUCUACGUUCUUGACUCUACAAUAUCUAACUCUACUAUCUUGGCUCUACGUUCUUGGGUCUACUGUAUCUAACUCUACGUUCUUGACCGCUGUAUCUAACUCUACGUUCUUGACCGCUGUAUCUAACUCUACUUUAUUGGCUCUACUGUAUCUCACUCUACGUUCUCGGCUCUACUGUAUCUAAAUCUACGUUCUUGACUCUACUGUAUCAGAUUCUGCAUUCUUGGUUCUACUGUAUCUAACUCUACGUUCUUGGUUCUGCUGUAUAUAACCUUGUGUUCUUCACUCUACAGUAUCUAAUUCUACGUUCUUAGCUCCUCUGUAUCUAACUCUACAUUAUCGGCUUACUGUAUCUAACUCUUCAUUCUUGGAUCUACUGUAUCAGACUCUACGUCCUUUGCUCUAUUGUAUCUAACUCCACGUUCUCGGCUCUUCUGUAUCAAACUGAAGGUUUUUGACUUUAAUGAUCUAACUCUAGGUUUUUGACUCUACUGUAUUAAACGUCGGGGUUUUGACUCGGCUGUAUCUAUCUCUAAGUUUUAGACUCGGCUGUAUCUAACACCAUGCUGUUGACUCUGUUUUAUCUAACACCAGGUUUUUGACUGCUGUAUCUAACACCAGGUUGUUGACUCUGCUGUAUAUAACGUUAGGUUUUAGACUGUGCUGUAUCUAACACCAGGUUGUUAAUUCUGCUGUAUCUAACAUCAGGUUUUAGACUCUGCUGUAUAUAACAUUAGGUUUUAGACUGUGCUGUAUCUAACACAAGGUUGUUAAUUCUGCUGUAUCUAACACCAGGUUGUUGACUGCUGUAUCUAACACCAGGUUGUUGACUGCUGUAUAUAACACCAGGUUGUUGACUCUGCUGUAUCUAACACCAGGUUGUUGACUGCUGUAUCUAACAUCAGGUUUUAGACUCUGUUGUAUAUAACAUUAUAUUUUGACUCUGCUGUAUAUAACAUUAGGUUUUAGACUGUGCUGUAUCUAACACCAGGUUGUUAAUUCUGCUGUAUCUAACACCAGGUUGUUGUCUGCUGUAUAUAACACCAGGUUUUUGACUCUGCUGUAUCUAACACCAGGUUGUUGACUGCUGUAUCUAAUACCAGGUUGUUGACUGCUGUAUCUAACACCAGGUUGUUGUCUGCUGUAUCUAACACCAGGUUGUUAAUUCUGCUGUAUCUAACACCAGGUUGUUGACUGCUGUAUCUUACACCAGGUUGUUAAUUCUGCUGUAUCUAACACCAGGUUGUUGACUACUGUAUCUAACACCAGGUUGUUGACUCUGCUGUAUCUAAUACCAGGUUGUUAAUUCUGCUGUAUCUAACACCAGGUUGUUGACUGCUGUAUCUAACACCAGGUUGUUGACUCUGCUGUAUCUAAUACCAGGUUGUUGACUGCUGUAUCUAACACCAGGUUGUUGACUGCUGUAUAUAACACCAGGUUGUUAAUUCUGCUGUAUCUAACACCAGGUUGUUGACUGCUGUAUCUAACACCAGGUUGUUGACUGCUGUAUCUAACACCAGGUUGUUGACUGCUGUAUCUAACACCAGGUUGUUGACUGCUGUACAUGUAUCUAACACCAGGUUGUUGACUGCUGUAUCUAACACCAGGUUGUUGACUGCUGUAUCUAACACCAGGUUGUUAAUUCUGCUGUAUCUAACACCAGGUUGUUGACUGCUGUAUCUAACACCAGGUUGUUGACUGCUGUAUAUAACACCAGGUUGUUAAAUCUGCUGUAUCUAACACCAGGUUGUUAAUUCUGCUGUAUCUAACACCAGGUUGUUAAUUCUGCUGUAUCUAACAUUAGGUUUUAGACUCUGUUGUAUAUAACAUUAUAUUUUUGACUGUGCUGUAUCUAGCACCAGGUUUUAGACUGUGCUGUAUCUAACACCAGGUUGUUAAUUCUGCUGUAUCUAACACCAGGUUGUUAAUUCUGCUGUAUCUAACACCAGGUUGUUGACUGCUGUAUCUAACACCAGGUUUUUGACUAUUGUAUCUAACACCAGGUUUUUCACUAUUGUAUCUAACACCAGGUAUUUGACUAUUGUAGCUAACAGUGCCUUGUUAUGAGGUUAAAAUAUAAGUAAUUCAAUCUGCGAUUUUUUUUUUGAUGUCGUGAUCUCGAUAUAUAUUCGUUAUUAUACGUGUUUUUUUAAUAAAGAUUUAAUUUUC